CGCAAACAAUCAAUUUCGUACGUCGAUUUUCAGAAGUUGUCAUGAAUGACCUAAGUAAUGUCGAAUACUUGUCAAGGAUUCUAGAUAAUUGGUCUGCUUCUUCUGGGCAACUACGUCCGGCAAAAAGUGACAGGAGUAACACUCUACAAGAAAUUUAUUAUCCCGUCACUUUGGGUAAUAUGACAGAAGAUACUAUGAAUGUGGUGAACAUGUUGAUCAGCAAACGAUUUUAUACAUUUUCACCACCUGCUUUCGGCAGUAUUAAACGGCCCGGUGAUGAUUUUUAUCCAUGGCAAUGUGUACUGGCUGAAGAAGCACCAGUACUUGCAACAACUGUUUAUCGUCAAGCCGUUGAUAAAGCUGAUUUUGAAUGUGUAAUAGAUGAAAGUGGUGAACUAUACCAACCUAGAACGACAACUUCAGUCAGGCGUUAUCAUCCAAAAGAUAACCCACCAACAAGUUUAGGAUAUUUAAAGACAUCAGUCAAACAAUUAUUAGAAAAUCUAAAUCCCAGUUCGAAAUCUUCGUUGAAUUAUCAUAGUUUAUUUAUUUCCCCAGUACAUCAAAAUCUAUUGGAAGCGCGCUUGAAACGUCUAAAAUUAGAAGAGAAAAUGCUAAUGCAAGCAGAGAAACUAGACAUGUUGGAAAGAAUAAGAAAACCACUACCUAGAUGGUACACAAUUAGAACUCCACAAUUUUUCUAUGAAGCUCGUAAGCAUAAUGAAUUAUUGAAAAGUCAUCAGUACUCAGAUUAUUUAUAUUAAAAUUAAUCUAACUUUAUAUGGUAGUAUCAUGUUUCAUGUUUUUGUGCUUGAUAAAUGUAUUUGAUAUGUGUGAAAUACUUGGUAAUUGUUUAAAAAUGAUUAUUUGUUAUUUUAUGGUAA